CACGGCCAGAGCACUGAGAGAUAUCAGGUAUUGAUGUAACUGGAGUGAAUAAGGGAACCUUCUUCCUGAGCACAGACAUUGGAGCCUGUUAUCAGCAUGAACUCAAAUGUGUUAGACAAACACGUCAAUAGUUCAUAUCUAUCCUUCACUACAGUCUUAGACACCAAUGACUAUUCACAAACAUUGGGGAUAUCACAGCAGAUAUUUAAAGAAGAUGGUGAAUUAUCAGGAACUGGGCAGCAAUCACUAUGUACGGAGAGUAAUUUAGUCAUCAAACAAGAGGACAACAUUGAUGCCUUAUCUAGUGAAAUUAUUAUCCCUGAGGAUAAACCACACACAUUUACUGAGUUUUCAAAACAUAUUAAAGAAGGGAAAAGUCUACAGUCUAGCCAAAUGAUUCAUACAAAGGAGAAACAUUUUCAAUGUACAGAAUGUGAGAAAAGCUUUAAAUGGAAGUCUCCUCUACUAGAACACUACAAAAUUCACACCGGUGAGAAACCAUACACAUGUUCUGAGUGCUGCAAAUGUUUUACACAAAUGAAUUAUCUGAAAACUCAUAAAAAGAUUCACACAGGAGAAAAGCCUUUCACAUGUACAGAGUGUGGAAAAAGUUUUACACAAAAGAGUGAUCUGAAAAAGCAUGAAAGGAGUCACACAGGAGAAAAGCCUUUCACAUGUACAGAGUGUGGGAAAAGUUUUACACAAAAGAGUGAUCUGAAAAAGCAUGAAAGGAUUCACACAGGAGAAAAGCCUUUCACAUGUACAGAAUGUGGAAAACGUUUUAUGCACAUGAGUCAUCUGAAAUAUCAUAAAAUGAUUCACACUGGAGAAAAGUCAUUCACAUGUACAGAGUGUGGGAAAAGUUUUACACAAAAGAGUGAUCUGAAAAAGCAUGAAAGGAUUCACACAGGAGAAAAGCCUUUCAAAUGUACAGAGUGUGGAAAAUGUUUUAUGCACAUGAGUGAUCUGAAAUCUCAUGAAAUGAUUCACACAGGAGAAAAGCCUUUCAAAUGUACAGAGUGUGGAAAAUGUUUUAUGCACAUGAGUGCUCUGAAAUCUCAUGAAAGGAUUCACACAGGAGAAAAGCCUUUCAGAUGUACAGAGUGUGGAAAAAGUUUUACACAAAAGAGUCAUCUGAAAACUCAUGAAAGGAUUCACACAGGAGUAAAGCUUUUCAAAUGUACAGAGUGUGGAAAAUGUUUUAUGCACAUGAGUGAUCUGAAAUCUCAUGAAAGGAUUCACACAGGAGAAAAGCCUUUCACAUGUACAGAGUGUGGACUAAGUUUUAUACAAAAGAGUGAUCUGAAAAAGCAUGAAAGGAUUCACACAGGAGAAAAGACUCUCACAUGUACAGAGUGUGGAAAAAGUUUUAUGCACAUGAGUCAUCUGAAAUAUCAUAAAAUGAUUCACACAGGAGAAAAGUCAUGCACAUGUACAGAGUGUGGAAAAAGUUUUACAAAAAAGAGUGAUCUGAAAAAGCAUGAAAGGAUUCACACAGGAGAAAAGCCUUUCACAUGUACAGAGUGUGGAAAAAGUUUUACACAAAUAAGUAGUCUGAAAAAUCAUGAAAGGAUUCACACAGGAGAAAAGCCUUUCACAUGUACAGAGUGUGGAAAAAGUUUUACACAAAAGAGUGACUUGAAAAAGCAUGAAAGGAUUCACACAGGAGAAAAGCCUUUCACAUGUACAGAGUGUGGGAAAAGUUUUACACGAAUGGGUAAUCUGAAAACUCACGAAAGGAUUCACAAGGGAAGAAACCUUUCACAUGUUUAGAAAGUGGAAAAAAGGUUUAUUAUUGAAAUCGGGUAUCACAAAACACCAAAUAUUUACACACAAAUAAACUUUAUAAACACAGUGUGCAAACCUUUUUACAAUUAUCAUAAAGAAGACAAACUCUCUAAAUAGAAGCAUCAAAAAGGAUGAUAUUGUGAAAGAAACACUGGGGGACACUAUCGUGACCCCACAAAAGCCAGGGAUUUCAGCACUCGAGUUACUUGUAUGAAAUAACUUAGUCAAUCACUCAUAUUUGGAUAAAUCAAAAAAUAAAACUUAUUUUGGUCAUUUUCACUCCGGUGCAAAUUA